ACUACCAUAUCCUAAAGAUCGGUGUAGUUACAUAGAAUACGUAAAACAAAGCAUGUAUUAGUAAUAUUGUAGAUAUACAACUUUAAAUAGUUUUGAAAUAAAUUCAAUAAAGUUAAUUAAUCAAACGAUUUGUAUCGAAUAUCUAAAGAUAUGUAUACAUUUGUGUUAUUUAUAUUCUGCAAUGGCAUACUGCUCGACCGACUCGGUGUGGAAGCAUUGCGUUGUUUUGAGUGUAACAGUCACAUAGAUAGUCGAUGUGCUGAUGAUAAUCCCCCUGACGCUCUGAAAAAAGACUGUUCUGAACACGUUGAAGGAUCUAAAUAUACAAUGUGUCGGAAAAUCAAACAGGUUAUUGAAUUCAGCGUUAAUGGACUUCCAGCAGAUACUCGAAUCAUAAGAAGCUGUGGAUGGGAUGAGUCCAAUUACAAGGGAAAAUGUUACCAAAGAGGUGGAUUUGGUGGACGACAAGAAGUUUGUUCUUGCACAAGUGACUUUUGUAACGGUGUUCCUAGUAGAUUUUUAUCACAAAUUUUGUAUCUGAUUUGUUUUACCAAUAUCUUAUUAUUCUACUCAAUUUAACAAUCCAUAAAUAAUAUUUAAAUUGAUAUGUAUUACACGGUUUCUUUUUGACGCUCAAAGAAAAGUGGUUCAAAAAUAGCAUAAACAGUCAAUAUAUUUAUGUACAAAAAGAAUGCUAUUUUAUAUUGGGUUUUUAAAUAAUUAUAUUAAUAAAUAAUUUAAAAAGAACUUUUUAUGAUUGAAAUAAAUUUUUCUUUCUCCAAAAAAUAAGCAUAGAAA